GAGCCAGGGCGCCAUGCAAUACUACACCAACCGACAGUUGACUGCCGACGAACUUUUGUCCGCCGAGCUAUCGCGCGAAACCUCUGGCCCUGGUCUUGCUGACGGCUCAAAUAAUGGAGUUCACCACGGUCAAUCAAUGGUCCUUGGUUCCUCCAAUCCCGGUGGUCCUGACAUGGGUCGGCCUGCAUCCCCAGAUCAGCAUCAACAACAGCACAUGCUCCAAUUUACGCCAAGCCAGCAAGUCGGUGUCGAUCCAAACCACGAUCUAAGCUACGGAGACCAGAGCGCGAGGAGGAAGAGAUCGAAAAUCUCUCGCGCAUGCGAUGAAUGUCGGCGCAAGAAGGUCCGCUGCGAUGCGAGCUCCGAGUCUGGCGUCGAAACAUGCUCCAACUGUCGUCGCCUUGGAGUUGUCUGUCAGUUCAGUCGAGUCCCGAUGAAACGAGGUCCAAGCAAAGGCUACAUCAAAGAAUUGGCGGAGCGCUUACACACAUUGGAGAGUCAAAUGCAACCUGCUAUGGUGCAUCCCGACAUGCCGUAUCAGCCGAUGAACGAAGUCUCCUCCCCUCGGGCAUACCAGGAUUUUUCGCCUCCAAUUGACAACGGUCCCAUCGGUCGCAAAAGGACGUAUUCCAUGUUUGACGGGCUUCCGAGUGCCUCGUUCACGCAACCAUCGUUCAAUACACGCCCUCAGACAGCUUUUGACGCAGGAGAAAGUUCGACCGACCCAUGCCAUCCUUCCGUGGUUAACAACACAGCACCUAAACCUGGGAAUCUGUUUUGGGCAACUGGCAAUGAAAAUGACUUACCCCACAGCCUCGACAUCCCGGAUGUCCCGAAGCAAGCACUGGACGAAGAUAUGACUCCCGUGGAUGUGGAUGAAGGUGCUCUGAACGCCUAUUAUCAAAGGAUACACCCCGUAUUCCCAAUCCUGCCAAACUCAAAAGAGCGCUUUCUUGAGAUUCUUCACCGUUGUGGCCGUGAGCUGCAAGAAAUCUUUCUGUACAGCCUUUACACUGUGACGCGCGCCAAUUUGGAGCGCCUUAGCGGCUCUUUUGAGAGAGUCACCUCCUACGAAAACGCACAGGAUCUGCUUCUAUACUACACGCGCCAGCCAGCCAUCACGCGGUCAACCACAGUCAACCUCAUCUGGCUCCAGAGCAUACUACUCAUGAUCCUCGACUGCGAUGCUCGUGGACCGGACAACAUGGUUAUGAAAGACGGUGUGCCCAAACAUACUCUCAUCCAGUCAGCAACCAAGCUCGGUUCGGAUUUGGUUAAAGGUCUUCAUCUGUGGAAGUCUCAGCGGGUUACAGAUCCUGACGUUGACUCUGAUGCAUCUCUUGCCCGACGCAGCUGGGUGUCCUUGGCGAUAAUGGCGCGGUGGUAUGCUAUUAGUGUGGCUGACCCAAGUGUUUUGAACACGCUUGACGUUCGCAACCGUGGCGACGAACGAAUUCUUGGCUCAGUUACUGCCAGAGUUUGCUCGUAUUCUACCUUCCUCGUCGAAUUGGCAAACCUGGUGACAGAAGAGCAGAAUCUUUGCCAGUCGAACACUGGCCCUGGCCGGUUAGUUGCUAAUAGCAUGGCUGCGCGCCUAGAGCUACUUGGGGAGGCCGCAGAGGUUGGAGAUUAUCGGCGACCUUCCGAGAACGUAGAGGACGGAGCACCCUCCAGCUUCCUCGACAGCUUGCAGAAUCAGCUGUACUGGACCUUGCGAUUGUUGAUCAAGCGCCAUAUCUUUAUCUACACGCCCUACGAGAUCAUCUACGCCGCCGAAGAGGUUGUCAAUGAAUUGCACAGAGCCAGCUCACAAUACCGUCUCACGUCUCCAUUCGAUAUCCACAGUCUGGCUGUGGCAAGUAUGACCCUGCUCGAGGCCACGGUCCUCCCGGAAUAUGCCAACGAGUGCUGGGACUCAAUCAAGAAGGUCGAGGAGAUUAUUGAUCACCGCGCUAAGCGGGCCGCGGAAUCAGGCGAAUUUGGCGACAUUUUUUACACCCCAGCCUGGGACACCAAAAUCCGCACCUUCAUCGAAUGGCGACGCACCAAAGCACAGGAGAGCCAGUUUCAAGACUCAACCAUUGGCGGCGGCGUCAAGAGCGGCUCUGCAGCUCCUCCAGUCCUGGGUCCGAAUGAGCAGCGUUCUCUCCAGCACCUGGCUGACCUUGCCGUGGGCGCCGAGGGCCAAGUGGCUGCGGCUGCGAACGCUUCCUCCCCGCCCCCUGUUAUCCCCCCCGCUGAAAAUCACUUGACCGCCACCUCACCCAAUCUGGCUGCUGGCGCGCAACCCCAGGGUCGUAUGGUUGUGGACUUCACCCUCCUCACGAGAGAAGGCUACCUGAACGUCUUUGCUGGCUUGAUCUAUCAUCGAUCCCGGUAAAGCACCCUCAAUUUCUAGAACUGUUACUUACCGGGUAUUGCUAUAUCUCGGAACUUUUAUCUACUUGUGUCAUUGUAUCUUGAGCUGGAAACAUUUUCUCUUCUCCCAUCCACUUUUACUUUUUCAAAACGGAAAGCAUUGCUGUUUAUUUCCG